UUCUGAUACGUACUCAUGAGAACGCACGGCCGUCUGCUGAUUUGCGCUUGUAAAAGUACAACUUUGUUCAGUGGUCCGUAUUCCUCAAUCCCAACCAGUCUGCAGUCAUGUCUGAUGAACACAAAUCGGAUGGGAAUCAGAAUGAUCGGGGACUCUGCAAAGAAAUGGAAGCGCUGCCAUGCACUGCUGUACCCCGACUCUCCCUUCGGCGUGGCUCGCUUAGAGUUCUAUGACUGGAAGGAGGGGCCCGUGGUAGGAGAGAAGGGCCACACCCGUCGAGCUACAGAUCGUAAAGUGGUGCGUCUGGCAGAAUGCAUUUGUGUGGCCCCGUCAGCCUCUGAGAGUGGCCCUAAGGACAACAUGAUGGCUUUCACUCUGGAAACCAAUGACAAGACAAUUCUCCUGUCCAGCGACCGUGUUGGUGCCAGUGAGUGGGUUCAGAAACUGUGUGAGCUGGCAUUCCCGACCAAAUCAUCAUCUCAAGACAAGGAGCCCACAGACCCCCCAGUCUCCUCAUCCCUCGAGAUGUCUAUCAACAGCCUCUACGUGUCCCGAGAGGACGUGAGUGAGUUCUGGGUCACGGUGCAGAGGACGGAGGCUGCAGAGCGUUGCUCACUACAUGGUUCCUAUGUGCUAAAGACGGAAUCGGACUGUUUGCUGCUGAAGGAUCCCAACACCAAGGAGACGCUUUACUCAUGGCCGUACAAACUGCUGCGCAGAUACGGGAGAGACAAGGUGAUGUUCUCAUUUGAGUCCGGUAGGCGAUGCUCCUCGGGUGCUGGCAAUUUUACAUUUGAGACCUCCCUAGGCCAUGAGAUCUUCCAGCGGGUUGAAUCAUCUAUCCGAGCCCAGCAGGGAUCUGACAACCGUUUAAGCUGCCCAAAUCUGGAAACUGAUUGUGCUAUAGAUGUCUCUUCAGAAUUUAGCAUCCCUGAAGCUCAAAAUAAAUCUGGACCAGUCAGGAAGGAUCCAGAGGAGAAACCUCUGAAAGGCCGAAUACUUCCCAACCUACCCGGGCCUAAGUCUGUUGCCCCUCAACUACUUCUUGACCACUCUUGUCUUGGAGCAAAAUCUGGUAGCUCCCACACUCCUCCUCGCUCACCAGUCUCUAGUUCUGCAAGUCGCCACCUAGAGGUGGAUCAUGAGCAGCUUGUAGGAGUCUAUUCUGAGCCCAAGGAUUCUGUUAAGGUUAUAAAACCUCAGUUUGACCCCCUUUAUUCUGACCCAGUGGACUGUGUAGCUGGUAAAGUUCUGAAAGGAGAAAGGUCUAAAUUGGAUCCCAGUGAGAGAUCUCCUCUUUACUCAGAUCUGUAUGAACAUGUGGGUUAUGAGUCUGUAGGGGCAGCAGUUUCCCCAAAAUGUCAGAAGCGCCCCACUGUUCCCCAUGCAGGUGAGGAGCACAUUUAUGAUGAACCAGAGGGAAUGGCACAAGCACCCCAGGUGUAUUCGGAGGUGUGCAUGGAGGGAGGUGCCUGGAAGAGACAAGCCACCGAUGAUAAGCUGGGCUAUGAGUACCCUUACAACCCCAACACUGAUGAUUAUUCUGUUCCAAAUUUCCAGGGGCAACGAGGUCAAGCCCGAAGUAGAGGUCUUGGCCCCAAGCCUGUCCCGGCUCCCAAACCCCAAGGAAUAGUCAUUGCCAGGACACUGACAGGGAAGGAAGGGGGUGAAGGUGAUAACGCCUGUGGCUACACCAACAACAACAACAAUAACAGCAACUCGGACGCCAUAUACAGCCAGGUACACAAAAAGGAAGCUGCCAAAUGUUCCCCAAAUUCUUCUCCAGCCACACAAGGUACCUGCCAUCCUCAGCCUGUGCCAUCCAGACCUCUGAAUGCUCCAUCAGUGUCACCUUCAGCCAAGUCUGUGCUCUUAGCACCCCAUUCCACAAAGCCACUAGCAGCCAGGCCAGUGUUGCCUAAAAAUCAUUCUGCCGGAAAAGCUCCACCUUUAGAGAAGCCACAGACUGUGCCCCUCCAGCCUUCGUCUGCUCCCCCGGCUCUGGCAUCCCCAGCAGAUUUAGCCAAUGAAAACGCUAUUCCAUCUUCUGUGAUCAGCCAAUCGGCAUUGGCUAAAGGAAAGGAGCUUUCUGCUCAUGGCGCAAGAAUCUCCUCCAUCUACGAAGAUAUGGGAGUCCUCUAAGGAAAUGUGGCCCCCAGAGGAGCUCGUUCCUCCUGAUACAACAAGUGUUUCCCUGUGAGAUUUGAGACAGAACUUACCUAGAGACCCCCUGGAUAGGACUUCUACCGCACACUGAUUGGCUUUGCUUCUCUUAUGACUAAGGACUUGAUGAUGGGACAGAGGCAUUGGGGUAAUGGUCUUCGCCUAUAUUGCUCAGAUUCCUCAUUCUGUACAGAAUCUAGUGACAAUUAUCAGAUCUUUCCCUCAGUGCCAUUAUCCGCUCCUGUCGUGGGCACUUCUACUGCACUGGGGAAAUUAAAUGCAGUCAGAUAACAAUCUACCCAACAACUUGCACUUAUUGGGCACAACCCUCAUUUUAACUUUAUUCUAGGCUCAACCUGCCCCUCCCCGUUUUUUUUAUCCUAUGCUGAACAUACUUCAUUCCUAAUCACCAUUCUUGUAUCUCUUACUCCCCUUUUUAUCAGGUUGUGUACCCUGCUGGUGAUAUGCUAAUAAAUAUUCAUUUGUCCCACCA